AUAAAGUGAACAUAGUGGCAUUAACUUUCAACAUAUUCGUCAUUUAAAUUCGGACCGUACUCCCACAGAUUUGCCCGUUCAGCCCCUCCCUGACGCUUCUCUGAUCCCCCGCACACGGUGGGGGAGGAGAGGGGGAGGUGUAAGGGGGAGAGCGCUGGAGAUGACCGGACAGGCUGAUGAGGACGUACCGGAAACAGGAACCAUAUUCACAUUUGGCAAGAGCGGCUUUGCUGCUAAUGUGCCCAGUAAAUUCUGGUUGAAGAAUGACCACCCAGUUCAGAUUUCAUGCGGCGGAGAGCACACUGCAGUCAUCACAGAAAAUGGGAGGCUGCUUAUGUUCGGUGUUAAUACCUGGGGCCAGCUGGGCCUGGGACUUAAGGCUGCUGCCAGCAAACCGGUGUCUGUGAAAGCCUUGAAGUCGGAGAAGGUGAAACUUGCAGCUUGUGGGAAAAACCACACAAUAGUCUGCACAUGGCGGGGUAACAUAUAUUGUGUUGGAAAUAACCAGGAGGGACAGCUUGGCUUGGGCCACUGUAAAAACACUCCAUCCUUUCAACUGCUUCAUCCUUUCUGUGACUAUGCACCACUCAAAAUGGUGUCUGCAGGAUAUAACACCUCCGCUGCCUUAACAGAGGAUGGGAGGCUGUUUGUGUGGGGAGACAACUCUGUGGGACAGAUCGGGUUAGGGGACGAGGGGUUCGCAGCACGACCCACACAGCUGGAUGUUGGAGAAGCAGUGAUAUGGGUCUCCUGUGGGAACCAGCACUCAGCGCUUGUCACAGCGGAUGGAAGCCUUUAUACAUUUGGAGAGAGUGCGUUUGGAAGACUGGGUCUGCAGGUGGAGCAGCUGGCCAAUCACAGAGUCCCGCAGCAAGUGCAAGGCAUCGAGGGCCCGGUCAUCCAGGUGUCCUGUGGAGCAGAGCACACGAUAGCGCUUACUGAUGAGAACGUCUACACGUUUGGCAGGGGUCAGUACGGCCAGCUGGGCCAUGGCACGUUUCUGUUUGAGGUGGACUUGCCAAAACCACUGGGGCACUUUUCCAACAGCAACGUCAGACACGUGGCCUGCGGAGAGAACCACACGGCUGUUAUCACAGACAGUGGGCUUCUCUACACAUUUGGUGAUGGUCGUCAUGGAAAACUGGGCUUAGCAGAGGAGAACUUCAUCAACCAGUUCAGCCCAACACUUUGUACACGCUUUAUCAAACACGAUGUUCAGUUAGUGUCCUGCGGUGGGGACCACAUGCUGGUUCUGGCUGCACCCAGACUGCUAGAGAGCCAAGAAGUGCCAGAAAGGAACGUUACAAUUGGGGACAUUUGUUUGGACCCAAGUUACACGGAAAUCUCUUUGGUUGGUCCUACUUCACUAGUCCCACUCUCGGCCCUACAUGCUCGUGCCCGCCACAGAGAAAAACAAAGCUCCGCCGAGCUGUUUGGGAAGAUGUUUGAGAACCUCCCACAUCUACAUUCCGGCUUCCUCAACACCUCCUGGCCAACAUCCAGAAGCAUAUUAACCACAAAAACCCCUUCAAAGAACAUUACCAGCCGUUCUUCAUCACCCAAACCCCAAUCAGACAUGGCACCGAGCACACCACGCUCCCCCAGAUCUCCUUCCAAAGCAUCCCGCAGUCCUUUGUUUUCCUCUGUACCAUCAAGUCCAUUUUCUCAGUCAUCACACACCACCUCUAAGUCUAAGCCUAAAGAGUUGCCUUCAUCCUUACUGUUGCCUAAUUCCAUUAAUAAACUCAACAUCCCAGUCUCCCCAGGGAAGACUACAAAACAAGUACAUGGAGCGGUGACUGCUAAAAAGAACUCAAAUGACAAACUGUCCUCAGCUCAAUCCCCUGUAGAACCAUGUAGCCCCAACAGACCUCCUCCUCAGGUUUCCAAUAAACAUGCGAGAGAGGAGGAGCAUGCUGCCUUACCACAAACAGCUGGAGAAUCGAUUGAAAGACAAAUGAUCACUGGAGAGAGAAGAAGGAAAAAAGACAAUUCCAAGGAUUUGUUAAGCAUGGAGAGAAGAAAGGCCUUGCCCACAGAACACCUGAAGGUCUCCAGCUCCUUAAAGAGAGAAUUGUCUUCACUGAAGAUCACAGAAAAAAAGCAAGUCACAUCUAAAGGAAAAGAGAACGUAACCAAUCAGCCCAUGAAAACUAAAACGCAAGACAAACAACAUCAAAAGGAUUUCUCCCAUUUGAAAUCAUCAAAACACGGUAAAGCGGAACAAGAGCUGGGCCCAAAACCGACACGCUCUGCUCAGAAGGCGCUGACUGAAGCACAGGCUAAAGUGAAGAAUAGAAAUCUGGGCGACACUAAUGCAAACAGAGAGAAUGUAAAAUAUCACACGCACAGGGAGAAAACUAAAGCAGCGGCAGGGGCCAAUAAAGCCACAAACAGACAAGAAAUACGCAGCAUACCUGAGCAAAGUGGACGAUCAACAUCUGUAGAAGGAGCAAAAGAAGAAGCAUGUGUUCAGAGUAGAACAACGGAUGUAAAACCAGUAGAAGGUGAAGGACAACAGGAGAUGCAGCCAGUUAAAUCAACUUCAGCACAGUAUCUGCAAAAGGUUAAAUCUAUAACAAACAAAGGUCAAAGUAAAACUCUGAAUGUUAAAUCAGCUCAAGUGAAAAAUGCUGCUGGGGAUGAAACAUCACUAAGUUUGAGAUCUUCACCUGUGAAAGUCAAAGGAAAGCGGCAACAUGUCACAUCCACGGCCGUCAAAAGUCAAAGUAAACAUGACGAAAAUACUAAAAGUAGAAAGGAAGGAAACACUGUGGAAAAAGACCCAACACCUGCCAAGAUUUCAAGUCAGAAAAUGAAAGGGAAGCCUGCAGAUAAGCUGACAUUAGCUGGUGCUGACAGCAUUAAAACAGAGAGCCAGAAGAAAUCCAAAGAAUCUAAGCUGAAGGGAAAAGCAAGGCCGGAGGAAAUCCAAAUGAAAGGAGCAGCUAAUGCGGAGAGCACAGGUGAUAAAAAGGCAAAGGUGAGUAAGCGGACUGAAGCCUCCAGCCUGAAGGAAGCCGCCAACGCUGUCACCUCACAGAGCUGCAAGAGACCGGAGCCGGUUCCCAACAAAUCUCUGCAAAGCUCUGACCCUGAAAGUACCAGAGAUGACGCUAAGCCAACGCCUGCAUACGGAGAAAUCCUCACCAACGUAGCAUCGCUCCUUCCCGCCGCUGCGUUGGCAGGCUCAGCUGUGGGGCUUAUUAGUGAUGCCGUGACAAGUAUUCAGAGUUUACAGUCAGACAAUGACUCUGCUACAUCGCAGAAAAAAAAGCAAAAGCAAAUCAUGAAGCAAAGGGCAAUUAUGCAGCAUUCUUUCUCCUCCACGCUAUCAGAUUUGUCCUCAGCAUCAGAUCAGCCAGGACAAAGCACUAAAGAGGCUGGGAGCGCAGUUCAAGAAGAAAGUAAUAAUAGUGAGGCCCAGGAAGAAGAUGAAGAGGUAGAAAGCGUUGAAGAUGAUGAGGAGGAAAAAGACAGUAAUGAUGAUGAAGAAGAGGCUGAAAAAGAGACAGAUAAUGAAACUGAUCAGGAUGAAGGUGAGGAGAAAACAAGCAGCAGCAGUGAGGAAGAGGAUGAAAGUAGUGAGAAGGGUGAUGCUACAGAAGCUGAGGAAGAGGAGGCAGAGAGCGAAGAAAGCAGUGAGGAAAUGAACGAAUCAGAGAGUGACUCUGAGGUAAAUGAAGCAGCAGAAGACAAAGAGGAAAGUGAAACGUCCAGUGAAGCAGAAAGUAAUGAGGAAGAGGAGGCUGAGACGAGUGAGGAUGAAGAAGAUGAAGGUGGUGAUGAGUCAGAAAACACAGCUGAGAGCAAGAGUGAAGAAACUGAAGACGGCGACAGAGAAGGAAGUGACACUUCAGUAGCAGAUGAAGAUGAAGAGGGUGAAACGGAGGAGCAAAAAGAUGAUGAAGAUUCCACCGAAACUGAGGAUAAAGAGAAAUCCUCAGAAGAAGGUGAGGAAACAGACGAGAAUGAAGAAGACAAUGAUGACGAGAAAGCAGAGGACACGAGUGAUGAAAAUGAGGAGGAAGAGGAACACAGUGAAUCUGAGGAGGAUGAAGAUGAUGGAGAAAGUGAGGAAAAGGAAAAUAAGAGUGAGGAAGAGAAGAACGAGGAGGAUGAAGAGGAGGAAGAAGAGGAGGAAGAGGACGAGGAAGAAGCUGUGGAAGAGGAAGAAGAGGAGGAAGAAUCUGUGGAAGAGGAAGAAGAGGAGGAAGAAUCUGUGGAAGAGGAAGAAGAGGAGGAAGAAGUAGCAGAGGAGGUAGAAGAAGGGGAAGAAGAUGAAGAAGCUGCAGAGGAGGAAGAAGAGGGGGAAGAAGAUGAAGAAGCUGCAGAAGAGGAGGAAGAGGGCGAAGAAGAAAGUGAAUAUGAGGAGAAGCAGAAAACAAGAACCAAGAAAAGUAUGGAACCUAAUAAAAAGAUCAUGGUAGAAACUGAGGAGGAGGAUGAGGAGGAAGAGGAGGGGGACAAGGAAGAAGAGGAGGUUGAGGAUAGUGAUGACAAAAAGAAUGAUUCCCUCAUUAAACGAAAACCAGAAAAAAGACCCCAAAAUCAGAGAGAAGAAAGAAAGCCACAACAAACCAAAGCAAAGAAAGGUUAUGAUUCAGAGGAAAGUGAAGAUGAGAGUGAGGAAGAGGAAGAAAAUGAGGAAGAAGAGGAAAGGGAAGAUGAAGAUGAAGAUGAAGAAGAAGAAAGUGAGGGGAAAGAAGUGGUCCCAAAGGGCAAACAAGGUAAAAAGCUUGUUAAAGAGGAACAGGAAACUGAGGAAGAAGAAGAAGGUGAAGAGGAGGAAGAGGAGGAGGAAGAAGAGGAGGAAGAGAAAAAGGAAAAUGUCAAGUCAACAAAAAUAAAGCAAGAUCAGCCUCAAAAGCUGAAGGAAAAGCCCAAACCAGCGCCGAGGACGAGGGAGAGAACUCCAGGGGACAAGAAGCCCGGCGAGUCUCAGCAGUUCUGGGACAACGUACUGCCUCAGUACCUGGACCUGCAGUGAAGCAAGGCAGCAGAGCGUCGGCCCGGCAUCUAACGCUGCUGUAGUAUUCAGAGCAACGCACCUACAGAACGUCAGUGUAGGAAAAUGAAGCAGUGAAUCCAGCCUUGUCUUUGGCUCCGUUUGUGGUGGAGGAACUCAGUGACUGAUGGAAACGCUCCACAUGUGAUGUGAUGAGGUUUUUAUGUUUGACAGACGUGUACUCCGUUCUCUUGCUCUUUGUUUGUGAUUAAACAUAUUGAACCGCAUCCUGAACCUCAGGGUUCAGUCAGUCAGACGUCUGAUUGGACGCUGCAGCAGAACGGCCGCACUAAUCACACGCUGCGUGGUCUCAGCUGUAUCAACAGCAACGCUGACAAAUGCCUGUACUUGAAUAAAAUCAAAUUAUACCCAGAGAGACGCGCCGAGCAGGUGUAAACAACAGUUAGAUCCAAAGGCGGCGGCUCGUUUCACCGUUGCUCCCAUUGUUUGGACCGUAAACUCUGGAACAUCUUCGCCCAUAGGAGGCAGAGAUAAAUCAAUCAAUCAGAACAUUGAUCACUAGGAGGUUGCUAAAGAAACAGUUGCUAGGAGACGGCUUGACAUCCUAUAAGAUCUUCCCAUCGUUAACAGUGAAACGGGUGGAAAAGAUCAAUGUCUGAACCUCAAACAUAUUCAAUAACUGUUACACAUGUAGCAACAAUAGCUGCUUUGAUUUUAGCUAAAGUAAUUAUUGUGCUGAUUCUGACUUAAAAAGAUGAAACCUUUUGUUUAUCUCCAUGUGCGUGAGUAAGGGAUAAGAAGUUUGCCUGGUGCAGUAAAUGAACGUUAAUUAAUUAAUCAGUUCUUCGGUCGUGACGUACAUUUGCACUGUGUUGUCCUGAACUGAGCUCAGCACAAUUACAACUAAUUGAUACUAAGAAGGCUCUGAGUGGAGCAGCAGAGGAAGAGAGAGAUAGAUGGGAGAUGGUGUAGUAUAGUAUAGUACAGUACAGUAUAGUUAGAGGCAUUGUGUGAAUAAAGUGAAAUCAUGUUUAGUAGUUAUUUGAAGCGCUUACAUUUAUUUUUCAAGGCUUUUAUUUUGCUUAGUUACUGUAAAUACUACAGUUUAUGAUUUAAUCAUACACCUAAAGGUCAUUAACAAAGUUUAUAUGUAAAGUUGUGUAAAAGUGU